AUGACGAGCAUCGAGCCUUUCAACAGGUUGGUGAAGCUUGCGGCCAGAGCGUUGUACGAUGAUGAUAUAGCAACGUAUUCAUCGAAAGGGGCUAAUUCUCAGCUCAAGAGUGGCCGGAGCGUCGAAAAUAGAGGAAUCGGCGUGGUUGUGCUGGAAGCGCUAUCGAGAAGACAAUGGGUAAGAGAAGAAGAUUUGGCCAAGGACUUGAAACUCAACUCGAAGCAACUUCGUCGUACUUUGCAAUUUUUCGAGGAGGAAAAACUGGUCACUCGAGACCAUAGGAAAGAACGACAUGCAAAGAAAGAAGGGGAAGAGAAAAUAAAGUUGCACACUUACUCUUACUGCUGUCUGGACUAUGCUCAGAUGUACGAUGUAGUGAGGUACAGACUGCAUCGCAUGAAGAAAAGACUGAAAGAUGCAUUGGAGGACAAGAACACAGUACAACAAUACUUAUGCCACAAUUGUGGGAACAGAUACAACGCUUUGGAUGCACUGCGAUUGAUUUCGAUGGAGGAUGAUGAGUACUUUCACUGUGAAAGAUGCAAUGGGAAACUUGUGGUGGUUGAGACUAACAAUGAGCUAGCUUCUCCACAAGUAGGAGAUGAAGAAAGCAAUAUUUCAAGGAGACAAAGGCGUGAGAAAUCGAAAGUCAUGCUUCGAAAUAUGGAGGAACAACUGAAGCCUUUAAUGGAACAAAUUAAUAGGGUUAAGGAUUUACCUGUUCCUCAGUUUGGAACACUCCGAGAUUGGGAAGCGCGAGCUAAAUCUUCUGAUGGACAUGAUUUUGGAGGUACAAAGGUUGAAGUUGAAGUUACUUGGGUUAAAGAAGACAAGGGCGACGAUAUUAAAUCGGAAUUAGAUGAUCCUACUACAAGUUUGGGGAAAAUUGUGCCACCUUGGAUGAACAAGCAAGGGAUGAAUAACCUUCCAAAUCACGAACAACAUGGACAUUUUUCAGAUGACAUAAAGGCAAACACUCAUGAAGAUAAUGAGAGCAAGAGUACUUUACAGGAGGAGUAUUAUAAAGCUUAUUAUCGUGCUCUAAUACAAAGACAACAAGAAGAAGAAGCAAAUAUUCGCGAGGUUGGCAUGAAGUCAAAAUGUGAUCGGAAAGAAGGAGAGGAUGAAGAUGAUAUUGACUGGCAGGAAGGCUGA